AUGCAAUGNGAAGAAGCAGCUGCAAAGAAGGCCGCCGAAGAAGCAGCAGCGAUAAAGGCCGCCGAAGAAGCAGCUGAAAAGAAGGCUGCUGCAGAAGCAGCUGAAAAGAAGGCUGCUGCAGAAGCAGCUGAAAAGAAGGCCGUCGAAGAAGCAUUAGCGAAGAAGGCCGCCGAAGAAGCAGCUGCAAAGAAGGCCGCUGCAGAAGCAGCAGCAAAGAAGGCCACCGAAGAAGCAGCAAAGAAGGCUGCCGAAGAAGCAGCCACAAAGAAGGCAGCCGAAGAAGCAGCAGCAAAGAAGGCAGCUGAGGUAGCAGCAGUAAAGAAGGCUGCCGAAGAAGCUGCAGCAAAGAAGGCUGCCGAAGAAGCUGCAGCAAAGAAGGCCGCUGAAGAUGCAGCAACUAAGAAGGCCGCCGAAGAAGCAGCAGCAAAGAAGGCAGCCGAGGAAGCAGCAUCAAAAAAGUCUGCUGAUGAAGCAGCAGCAAAGAAGGCCGCCGAAGAAGCAGGAGCAAAAAAGUCUGUUGAGGAAGCAGCAGCAAAGAAGGCCGCCGAAGAAGCAGCAGCAAAAAAGUCUGUGGAAGAAGCAGCAGCAAAGAAGGCCGCCGAAGAAGCAGCAGCAAAAAAAGCUGCUGAUGAAGCAGCAGCAAAGAAGGCCGCAGAAGCAGCAGCUUCAGCUAAGAAGGCUGCUGAUGAAGCAGCAGCUAAAAAAGCAGCAGAAGAUGCUGUCCUGAAGGCUGCCGAGGAAGCAGUAAAGAAAGCAGCUACUGAAGCUGGAGCAACGAAGUCAGCUCCUGAGGAUAGAAUAAAUGCCGCUGCAGAUAUAGCUUCUAAAAAUAAGGAACUGGAGAAAGAAGCGAUGAAGCGGGCGGAGGAAGAAUUGCGAAUGGAACGGCAAAUCAAUAAACUUAAUGAGGAGGCGCAAAGCGAACUCAAAGCAAGACAAGCUGACGCGGAGAAAAGGCAUAAGGAAGCCAAGGCGAAUCUGGAGAAGAGCGGAGCGGAGUUUGUUGGUAGAGAGGAGUUCGAGAAGUUAAAAGCUCGUAAACAAGGAGCAUGAAAAAUAUAUUCUGAACCGUGUCAGAUAACAACUUUAUAAACAAAAUUUGUCUAUAUUGAAUCCACUAUCCCUAAGAUCUAAGAUAGACACUAUUUUAGAGGUUUAAAGGAUAUGUACCAAGUGUCGUUUAAAAGACAAUUAACACGAGCAUUUCAUUUCUUAAAAUUUCGGGAUUAAUACUUCUUGUAUUAAGUGAAGAAUAAAGAUCUCCCGAAAUACUCGUACUUGAUAUGUGUAAGUAGCACCAACUAUAAACUUUUCUAUUUUCUCUAAUAUGCGACAUUGAACAUCGUAAUGAAAUCGCCAAAUUAAUUGCCAAUCGUUCAACUCGACCUCUAUUAAGUCCUUGAUUUUUGUUUUUACUGGCCUACAAACAAACGUUAUG